AUGGCUAGCGGCAAUUAUCACAAACAUGGCGAGCCUCAUAUGCAAUCUGACGUCGUUACCGGGCGCUACAAUAUUGAAUUGGAGUUUCACAAAUACGAAGUGGUUCACGUAAAAUGGAAAUACGACGACUGCGACGAUGACAGCUUGAAGGAUUUGCAAUUGGGUGACAUUGUUCUGCCAGAGUCGUUCGAACAACUACGAGCUAUACCCGAUUUUCAUUAUGGCUUUGGCGUAUGCAAAGAUCCAUAUCCUUGGAUUGAUGAUAGUAUGAUUGAUGGCCAACCCACCGAAAGGAGCGUUCGUGCAGUGACUAGUUCGAUAUUGUAUUUAUAUUGUGCAUAUCGCAUGAAAGCCUUUAGCGCCGAUGGACGUACCAAAUAUCCUCUGCUUACUAACAAUUUGGCAAGAAUUCGUGGCACUCCAACGGAAGUUAUUGGUAGUUACAACACACCAAGUGCUCGAAAAUUGCGUGUGAGUACAUUGCAUCCUCCACGAAAAGAGCCCUUGUUUAAGGUGGGCGAUCAUUACGCUUUAAGGACACGUGAAGAAUGUCGAAUGGAACUCGCACGAAUGGGCAAAAUUAUUGACCAACUAAUUGCACCAACGCUGGAAACUUUUAACGAAGACGUCAAAGGUGAAAUGUCUGAGCCAUCAAGCUCGCGAUCCGAUAAAUGUACGGUCAAAGUUAGACUUGAUCAUGAUUGCUCGUGCAAGAGACCAAAACUGAAGCGGUUGAGAGCAGGAUGUGAAUUCGAAAAACCUUUUAUUAGGCGCAAAGACUUUAAAUCGGAUGAAGACUUUUUAACAUGUUUAAAGUCAUUAGAAAGUCAAAAUUUCAAAUAUUUGCAAGGCUAUUUACCCGUUGAUCCCGAAAUACAGAAGGACAUCAUGCUUAAGAAUUACGCAAAAAUACUAAAAGAGGCGGAGGAAAAGUUCACAUUAAAAAUCGAAAAAAGAUACAAAAGUUUAAUUCGACAUCUCGAUAUAUUAAGUCUGGAGACUUAUCCGUCCAAGUUGAUUAAGAAAGUUAUACCAAAAAUUACUCCUAAACUGUCGUUUUUUCAAGAUGCUUACAAGUUUAUUUUGAAAGAGGAGAAAUUAUGGCCAAACAUUUUUCCUGAAGUUAUAUUAAUGGAUUAUCUCUUCAGCCAUGAGCGACAUAUACCAACCGAUGUCGCUGUGUUAAUUAUCUCAUGUCUUAUAGAUCUGCAAGAGGAUUUUCGUUAUAACGUAAAACGUGCUUUCCUACGUUAUCUUCUCCAAUCUCCAUUCGAACGUAGACGCUUUCAAUUGGAACUUGAGCCGCCAGAGUUUCCUGUAAUGACUAUUAAAGCACCAGUGCCAUGGAAGGCUUAUGUGCAAUUAGCACGUAACCAUUUGGAUCAAGUGCUUAUGACAACACAUCCCGUUAUAAGAGCGCUCAAUAUACUUUGGCACCAAUUAUAUAACGAUUUGGUGGUAGUAAAUGCCGCUACGCUGUUAUUGAGUGAAGAAUCUUUCAAUGCCGAUCAAAUUUAUAAAUUUGUUCAGGAAAGUUGCGACACAAUAAAAGACUUGCUUAUAAAUGAUUGGUUACCUCGAUGUGCGGAUAUGAUGGAUGUUAUGCGAAAAACUUGGAAAGAUUUAAUACCCAUGACUGGUGCAUAUGGUGGCCGAGCUGGUGUAUUAUUUCGUUGUGUGCACGCUCUGAUGUCUCACCAUUUAGAAAGUUUAAUAACACGCAGUUUGGAAUAUUUAUAUAGAACUUUAUGCGCAUACACGGACGGCAAUACUAUUGAAAAAUAUAAUGUUUUUGAUCCGAAACUGAAAAGACGCCCUCUAAUGACACUAAUAGUUUCGGUAGUUGGAGCUCAUUUUGACAAUCCUACUAAUGCGGACUGGUCACGUGAACAUAAAAUACCGGGUAUCUAUCGCGAAGAUGAAGACGAUGCUAGCCCAUUUUAUAAGCGUUCGAGUACAUUUGCAGCCCUAGGAAUAGAGCAGCCAGAGCCUAUAAUAGAAUUCCUUCAAUUUAAUUGGGGUAAAUUACAUAUAUUCCCCUAUGUCGAUGACCUACCAGAGUUAUUUAUUGAUCUUUUCAAAAUGAUAUUGCGUGUCGGUUAUAAUAUACCACGCCUGGAAUUCAUUAUGUCAAAAGAUCCUGACACUCUCGCUUAUUUACAUUGCAUACAUGAAGAUCAUCCGGACAUGUUGGUCCUCUACGAGAACGUACGUGAUGUCAUAAAUAAGAAUUGGUCUGGCCCUGUAACGUAUUUAUUCCCUGUUUAUAAAUACUAUUAUGCAUUGCUGUCGAACAGAUUAAUGCCCAUCGUUGAGAAAAUUUACACUCAGCAUAUUCUGCCUGAUCUACCUGCUGUAGUUAACUUGAUGAGAAAAUUGAAAGAUAUUAUCAAAGAAUCUUAUACGUUGCGAGAUUUUGUGCCACUGAACUUGUUCAAACUGGACAAUCGUCAUUUAAAAGGAGCAAUUGUUAUGUUAACGGAUCGUAUUUACGAUUUCAUUAUUGAUUUUUAUAAUGCAGCAAAUAUUAACGAGAACCGCGCGAUAUGUGACAUUUUGGAGUCUAUGUCUAUGAAAGCCGGUGAGCGUCCAGAAGAGACAGCCGAGGUUGUAGCAUUACAGAAUUACUUGCUUGAAUGUCGAGAUGAACGUAUAUUUGCCAUAAAGAAUGAUAUAAAGACUGUGGCUAAGCGUGUUCUCUUCCUGCUAACGCACACCAUACAUACAGAGGCGGAAAUUCAUUUGAAUUCUCGUACGUUCAUCUUGCCGGGUGAAUUGGAAGAAGUUUUAGAUUUAAGUGCUAUACGUUUAAAUGUUAUUCGUGACAACUUGGAAGCUGGAUUACGUGAAAAGCGAACAACUUUCGAAAAAUUAAUUCUUUUUGAAAAACGCCGCAUGGAUGGUUUUCGCGUUAAGGAAACACGCGAAAUGCUUACACUGGAUGAACUUAAAGAACGUGUCGAAACUGUCGAUGCAUUAUUUGACAUGAUUGAAAAAUUGAGUCGUGAAGCCAAAGCUAUUAACGUUGAAGAACAUUUACUGCAACUCGACGUUUCGCCAUUUGCAGCUUUGGCCGAAAUUUUGGAAAAAAUGGAACCCAUAGAGAAAUUAUGGAACACAGCAUAUGAAUUUGAAAAAGACCAUCAUAUAUGGAUGUACCAGCCGUACUCAUGCUUAAAUGCGGAUGUCAUAAGCGAAGAAGUUGAAAAUAUGUACAGGAUAAUGUACAAACUAUCACGUCAAUUGGCUACUAAUCCUAUGGCCAAACGUGCAUGCGAGCAAAUGAGAGCGAAAAUUGAGAAAUUCCGGGUUUUCAUUCCAGUCUUAGAUUCGGUAUGUCGUCACGGCCUAGAGGAUAGGCAUUGGCAGAAAAUUUCCGAUCAUCUGGGCAAAGAAUGCAAUCCUAAAUUAUAUCCGUCGCUACGGGACAUAUUGGAAGCUGGUAUAAUGAACAUUUUACCGCAAUUGGAAGAGAUUUCGGUAGCCGCUGGCAAAGAAUACGACUUGAAGACCGUACUCGAUAAUAUGAAGAAUGAUUGGAAAGAUGUGCAGUUCGAUGUUCUCCAGUAUCGCGAUUCUGAUACACACAUUUUAGCCUCAAUAGAUGAUAUACAAACUCAACUGGAUGAUCAUAUAAUGCGUACGCAGGCAAUGAAGAGAUCGCCAUUUAUAGUGGCCCUUGGCUCUAAAGCCGACGACUGGGAGAAUCGCUUAACCCAAGUACAAAACAUAAUUGAUACGUGGACUCAAGUUCAAGUGACAUGGAUGUAUUUAGAGCCUAUCUUCAGUUCCGAGGACAUUAUGAGACAAAUGCCGUUAGAAGGUCGCAACUUUAAAGCCGUCGAUAAGGUAUGGCGCAGGAUUAUGCGUCAUACUAAUCACGAUUUACAUGUUAUGGUAGCCACCGAAUAUCCCAAUAUGCUCGAUAUAUUUCUUAAAGCGGUAGACGAUCUGGAAACUGUACAGAAGGGCUUAAACACAUAUCUCGAACAAAAGCGUUUAUUCUUUGCCCGUUUCUUCUUCUUAUCGAAUGAUGAAUUAUUAGAAAUUUUAUCAGAGACUAAAGAUCCCCUACGAGUGCAACCUCAUUUGAAGAAAUGCUUCGAAGGAAUUUGCAUGUUGACAUUUGAUGAUAAUAUGGAAAUAGUUGAAAUGAUUUCGGAUGAAGAUGAACAUGUCGCUUUAGUACGCAAAGUCAAUCCCCAAUCAGCCAAUGGUUUAGUGGAAAUUUGGCUAAAAGAUGUUGAAAGCACUAUGCUGCAAAGUGUCAAGGAACAGAUGAGGUUCGCAUGGGAAGACUAUUUCCAAGUGGAGCGUAUAAAUUGGGUAGUGUCUUGGCCGGGACAAGUUGUACAAGGCAUAUCUUGUAUGGCCUGGACAUAUGAGGUAGAAGAAGCAAUUGAGGCGGAGGAAUUGCCUAUUUAUCUUGAGAAGAGUAAUGCACAAAUUAGUGAUCUUGUGAAAUUAGUACGCACGGAUUUGGCGACCGGCACUCGAAUCACAAUAGAAGCUCUUAUUGUGUUAGAUGUACAUGCUCGUGAUGUCGUCAAAUAUUUAUUGGAUAUGGAUGUAAGCAGCUUGUUAGACUUUGAUUGGAUAUCACAGUUGCGUUAUUAUUGGAAAAGUAUAGAUAAAAAAGAGGACUGGGUGUUUGUCAGUAUGGUUGUAACCGAUGUCAAAUAUGGCAUGGAAUAUCUGGGUAAUACAACACGCUUGGUAGUAACACCGCUAACCGAUCGAUGCUACAGAACUCUAAUGGGUGCUUUAAAGCUAUGUUUAGGUGGUGCACCCGAAGGCCCUGCGGGUACCGGAAAAACGGAAACCUGCAAAGAUUUGGCCAAAUCCGUAGCAAAGAAAUGCGUGGUUUUUAAUUGCUCCGAUGGCUUAGAUUACAAGGCGUUGGGCAAAUUUUUUAAGGGUCUAGCACAAUCUGGCGCGUGGGCUUGUUUCGAUGAAUUCAAUCGCAUUGAAUUGGAAGUAUUGUCGGUGGUUGCCCAACAGAUAUUAACUAUACAGCGAGCCAUUGGCAGAAAAGUGGUGCGAUUUUUUUUCGAAGAUACCAUGUUGCGUUUGGAUCCUACAUGUUCGGUGUUCAUUACCAUGAAUCCCGGUUAUGCUGGUCGUACCGAGUUGCCGGAUAAUUUAAAAGUUCUUUUCCGCACUGUCGCCAUGAUGGUACCCGAUUACGCAAUGAUUGGUGAAAUCACUUUAUAUUCGAACGGUUUUGACGAGGCCCGACAUCUCGCUCAGAAAAUUGUUCAAGCCUAUAAAUUAUGUUCUGAACAAUUAUCAUCGCAAUCGCAUUAUGAUUACGGAAUGCGCGCUGUAAAAUCCGUUUUACUGGCUUCCGCUUCACUGCGUCGCUUGUACAGUCAUUUGCCUGAGGCGCAAAUUGUUUUACGCGCUAUUGUUGAUGUGAAUCUACCGAAAUUCCUCGAGCAAGAUGUUUCCCUAUUUAUUGGCAUCUACACCGAUCUCUUCCCAGGCACCGAACUACCAAUGCCGUCCCGCGAGGAUCUGUUGAAAUGGUUGCUUAUGACAUUGGAAGAACGAAACUUGCAAGCCACCCCUUGGUUUGUGGAGAAAAUCUUACAAAUCUAUGAAAUGUUGUUGGUACGCCACGGCCUUAUGGUUGUAGGGGCAUCCUUAGGUGGGAAAACUACUGCCUGGCAGGUUUUGGCGUAUUGCUUGCGUUGCGUAAAUAUGGAUAAGAAUGCCACUCUCUCCGAAUAUCCUGUAAAUUAUCGAAUUAUAAAUCCAAAGGCGAUAACUAUGGGACAAUUGUACGGUCGAUUUGAUCCCAUAUCUCAUGAAUGGUACGACGGUGUUCUGGCCAAAACAUUUCGUGAAUUUGCGACGGGCUCCCCGAAAGAACGCUUCUGGAUUUUCUUUGACGGCCCGGUUGAUGCCGUGUGGAUUGAAAAUUUAAAUACUGUACUGGAUGAUAAUAAAAAAUUAUGUUUAAUGUCAGGCGAAAUCAUUAUAAUGAGCAAACUGAUGAAUAUGAUGUUUGAACCGGCCGAUUUGGAGCAAGCUUCACCCGCCACAGUAUCACGUUGCGGCAUGAUUUAUAUGGAACCAUCUCAACUAGGAUGGAAAGCAUUUCAUCAAAGUUUCGUUAAUGUACUGACCGAUCAAAUCGGUUUAAGUGAAAUUUAUAUGGCCUUGUUUCAAGAGAUGAUCGAUUGGCUUAUUCCGGCUGCAUUAUCUAUAUUACCGGAAUGUAAAAAGAUGGUGGAAACUUCACCUAUCUACCAGUAUAAGAUGUUUUCCAAAUUCUUUUAUCAUUUUCUGGACAAGCACAAAGUCUUCACUCAAGUUUGGUUUCAACAAAUGUUUUUAUUCUGCUACGCUUGGGCCUAUUGUUCACAUUUAAUGGUUAAAGGCAUAAAACGUUUUGAUGCUUUAAUACGUAAAAUACUUUAUGGCGGUAACGAAGAUUUCCCCCGCCCGAAGUAUUUCACAUUGAAUCGUGGUCAAAUGUUUCCCGAGAAGCUCACCUUCAUGGAUUAUCGUUUCGAUGAAGCUGAGAAUUGGUGGACUUGGCAAAAAUCAGGUGAUGACCCUACCGCUACUAUAACAACGUUUCCCGAUGAUGCUCAACUCAGUGAAUUAAUUGUGCCCACAAAUGAAUCGGGUUAUAUAACGUAUUGGGAGGAAUUUUGCAUUAAUAAAUCAUACCCUAUGUUGGUCAUAGGACCGACAGGAACAGGCAAAAGUGCUAUUGUUGGCAGCAAUUUAUUAAGCCUAUCAAAGCAAUCGUAUUUAAUAAAUAUUGUAAACUUUUCGGCACGUACAAGUGCUCAACUGGUGCAAGAUACCAUAAUGUCGAAAUUGGAUAGAAGACGUAAGGGAGUGUUUGGACCACCGCUCGGUAAAAAGUGUAUAACAUUCUGUGAUGAUGUUGCAAUGCCCAGCAAAGAUACUUAUGGCUCGCAGCCGCCACUCGAAUUAUUGCGUCAAUGGUUGGAUCACGGAUAUUGGUCAGAUUUAAUAGAUACUACAAAAAUUGAAUUAGUCGAUAUGAGUUUUAUGGGUGCAAUGGGUAUACCGGGCGGCAGUAAUUUCAUAUUCCCACGUUUGUAUCAUCAUACCUUUGUGGUGGCAGUUGAUUCAUUCGAGGAUUCAACUAUAAUCAAAAUAUUUACUACUAUCGGUGAUUGGCAUUUUGCCAAAGGCUACGCUGAGAAGGUGGCAUUGCUAUCACGGGGUUUGGCUGAAGCCAUGGUCAGUGUUUAUCGUUCGUCUAUGAGCGUAUUCCUGCCAACUCCGGCUAAAUCGCAUUAUACGUUUUCGCUACGUGACAUUACUCGUGUUUUUCAGGGCAUUGUUAUGGUGCCACCGAAACGUUUAAACGAUCCAGAAAAAUUAGGCCGUCUCUGGGCCCAUGAAAUAUAUCGUGUUUUUUACGACCGGUUAAUUGAUGAAAAGGAUCGUGACCAAUUACUUGAAAUGGUUACGUACGCUUGUAAAACGAGUUUACGUUUUUCAUUAGAACAGGCUUUCCAGGAGCGUAUGGAAAAUCCUGGUGGAAAAGUGACCGCCAUGGAUUUACGUAAUUUAUUUUUUGGUAAUUACAUUGAUCCUGACGCUGAACCGAAAAUUUACGAUGAAGUGAUGAGUUACAAUAAAUUGGAGAAAUUAAUGCAUUACUAUUUAAAGGAUUACAAUGCAUUCUCGAAUUCUCCAAUGGAUUUAGUAUUAUUUCGUUUCGCUAUCGAGCACAUAUCACGCGUUUCACGUGUAUUACAAAUGCCACGAGGUAAUGUAUUAAUGGUCGGUAUGGGCGGUUCAGGGCGUCGCAGUUCUUGUCGCCUAGCUGCCCACAUAGCUGAUUGCCGUUUAUGGACCGUACAAGUAACGAAAACCUAUACAACGCAAGAUUGGCGUGACGACCUAAAGAAAAUCUUACUCUCAGCCGGUUUUAACUUAAAUCAUACAGUUUUCUUGUUUUCCGAUUCCCAAGCCACAGAUGAAGCUUACGUUGAGGAUAUCAAUGGCAUACUAAACUGUGGUGAUUUACCCAAUUUGUAUCAGCUGGAAGAUAAAGCGGCCAUUAUGGAAAACAUGACUUCCGUUGCCAGACAAUUGGGCAAAGUUGUUGAUCCAUUGCCAAGUGAAAUGUAUGCAUUUUUCAUAGACCGUGUACGUGAACAAUUGCAUGUCGCUUUAGCAUUUUCACCCAUCGGCGAAUCAUUCAAGGAACGUAUACGAAUGUAUCCAUCAUUGAUAAACUGUUGCACCAUUGAUUGGUAUAUGCCAUGGCCAGUGGAUGCUUUGCAACGUGUUGCUGAAUAUUUUAUUAGCUCCAUGAAUUUACAUCAACCGGAAGAGAUAGAGGAGCAGGUGGUAACAGAGACAAAGUCUCGAGAAUCCGCUGAAUCGGAAAAAAGCUUAGAAGAAGUUCAAGAAAUCGUAUUGAGUGAUUUGGAAAACGAAUUGGUACAAGUAGUAAUGUAUUUCAAUCGAUCCGUUGUAGCGGCAAGCGAAAAAUGUUAUACAGAGUUAAGCAGAAGGAAUUAUGUAACACCUUCGUCGUAUUUGGAAAUGUUGAAAGCAUUUAGAUCGUUUUACAAAAGAAAACUGGAGGAAAUAACGCGUCUAAGGGAUCGUUAUACGACAGGUUUGGAAAAAUUGGAUUUUGCUGCUGCUCAAGUAGGAGAAAUGCAAGCAAAUUUAUAUGAACUGCAGCCGAAACUGAAAGUGCUAUCCGAAGAGACGGAACGUAUUAUGGUUAAUAUUGAACGGGAGACUGCUGAGGCUGAAAAGAAGAAAGAAAUCGUCGGUGCUGACGAAGCAGCCGCUAACGAGGCGGCCGCUGCUGCCCAGGCCAUUAAAGAUGAUUGCGAAAGUGAUUUGGCUGAAGCCAUACCGGCCUUGGAAGCGGCUCUCGACGCCUUAAAUACUCUUAAACCUGCCGAUAUUAUUAUUGUAAAAUCGAUGAAAAGUCCACCGUAUAGUGUAAAGUUAACUUUGGAAGCUGUAUGCGUUUUAAAAGGUAUUAAGCCAGAUCGUAAACCGGAUGCCUCGGGCCGUAUGGUGGAAGAUUAUUGGGCUGUCUCGUUGCGUAUGGUCAGCGAUAUGAAAUUCUUGGAAUCGCUUAAAACAUUUGAUAAAGACAAUAUACCGCCGCUUAUUAUGAAAAAGAUAAGAGAACGAUACGUAGCCGAUCGAGAUUUUGUACCGGAAAAAAUUAAAUCAGCUUCGACGGCCUGCGAAGGUCUCUGUCGUUGGGUGCUUGCCAUGGACGUUUACGACAAAGUGGCACGAAUUGUUAUGCCCAAGAAGGCUGCUUUGGCUGAAGCCGAGAACGAUUUGGCCUCGCAAAUGGAAAAACUAAAUGCCAAACGUGCCGAAUUGCAAAUUAUUUUAGAUAAGCUACAAAAACUCAAUGAUUUCUUUGCCGAGAAAUCGCGUCAAAAGAAAGGCUUAGAGGAUGAGAUCGAAAAUUGCGAAAAGAAAUUAAAUCGAGCGGAAAAAUUGCUUGGCGGUUUGGGUGGAGAAAAAACGCGAUGGGGCGAAGCAGCUCAAAGUCUUCAUAAAUCCAUAAGUAACAUCGUCGGUGAUGUGCUUUUAGCUGGUGGAUGUACUGCAUAUUUGGGCUUUUUUCCAACCGAAUAUCGCGUUUACAUACUUGAAGACUGGAAUGAAUUGUGUGUAAAGCGGAAAAUACCGUGUUCAGAGAAGUUUUCAUUGGCUUCGACUUUGGGUAAUCCGAUGCAAAUUCGAGCUUGGUCUUUAGCUGGUCUACCUUCCGAUAACUUUUCAGUGGAGAACGCCAUCAUUGUCAGCAAUUCGAAUCGUUAUUCAUUAUUGAUAGAUCCUCAAGUACAAGCUAAUAAAUGGAUAAAAAACAUGGAAAAGAAAAAUAGUCUGAAAGUGAUUAAGCAAACUGACGCGAAUUAUAUGCAAGUACUUGAGCUAUGCAUUACAUAUGGUACUCCUGUACUAAUUGAGAAUGUUGGCGAAACACUGGAUUCCAAUUUAACUCCAAUUUUGGAAAAGAAUGUAAUUAAACAUAAAGGAGGAUAUGUUAUCAAAUGCGGUGAUCAAAUGAUUGAGUACAAUAGCAAUUUUCGUCUUUAUAUAACAACAUGUUUGCGUAAUCCUCAUUAUUCGCCCGAAAUAAUGGUUAUGGUAACCGUUAUAAAUUUUAUGAUAACCGAGCAGGGUUUGCGUGAACAAUUAUUAGGUACCGUUGUGGCUCACGAACGUCCGGAUUUGCAGGAGAAAAAGGAACAAUUGAUUAUUGAAUCGGCAAAGAAUCGCGAUGAUUUGUAUACAAUUGAAUCGAAAAUUUUAGAGGUUCUGUCAACAUCCGAAGGCAAUGUGUUGGAAGAUGAAAAUGCCAUUAACAUUUUGUCAUCCAGUAAAAUACUGUCAGAGGAGAUUCAAAAGAAGCAAGUUGUUGCCGUCGCAACCGAGGCGGAAAUUGAUGAGGCACGUCAACGUUAUGUACCGGUAGCCAAACACUCUGCCAUACUAUUCUUUUGCAUCAGUGAACUGGCAAACAUUGAUCCGAUGUAUCAAUAUUCGUUGGGAUGGUUUUUAAAUCUAUUUGUGAAUGCCAUACUAAAGGCACCGAAAUCGAACGCACUAAAGGAACGUUUGGCUAACUUAAAUGAUUUUUUCACAAAAUCAAUUUAUCAGAACGUAUGCAGAUCAUUAUUUGAAAAAGAUAAACUCGUCAUAUCAUUGGUCAUGUGCUUGGGUAUAUUGGUAUCAAGAGGCAAAGUAAAUAAAAUGCACUUGUUGUUCUUUUUAACGGGAGGCGUUGGCUUGCAAAAUAUUCCACCUAAUCCGGCAUCGGCAUGGCUUCCCGAAAAGGCUUGGACUCAAGUUGUGCUUGCCAGCAACUUGGAAGGACUACCAAAGUUUUUUACAAAUUUUGAAAAAGACAUUGCCAAAUGGAAAACAUACUAUGACUUGUCAUCACCAGAGGAGGCUAGCCUUCCGGCACCGUACGAAAAUGUCGAUGAAAUGUUACACUUGAUAAUUUUAAAAUGCCUAAGACCCGAUAAAAUUGUUCCAGCUGUCAGGAGUUAUAUUACACGUAACAUGGAUCGUUCAUUUGUAGAGCCACCGCCCUUCGAUUUAAAUGCAUCAUUUGGUGACAGCUCACCAAAAAUACCAUUAGUGUUCCUGUUAUCGCCCGGCUCCGAUCCCAUGGCCAGUCUUUUCAUGUACGCCAAACAGCGUAAUAUGUACGACAAGACCAAAACUAUAUCAUUGGGUCAAGGUCAAGGACCGCGCGCAGAAAAAAUGAUACUAGAAGCCAAUCGUUACGGUCAAUGGGUUGUUUUGCAAAAUUGUCACGUAGCCGUUAGUUGGAUGGGCGAACUGGAGCGCAUUUGCAGUGAUACGUCAUUAGCGGAGAUGGCACAUGCCGAUUACCGUUUAUGGUGUACUUCAUAUCCGAGUUCAGUGUUUCCGGUGUCAGUAUUGCAGAACUCAGUUAAAAUGACAAAUGAACCGCCAAAAGGUCUUAAAGCCAAUAUGCAAAGAUCAUUUAAUUCGGAUCCGUUGGUGCGCGAUAAAUUCUUUACCAAUGCAUUCAUAUUUAUGGAAUCGGCCAAUAAAUGCUGGUUGCGCGGUGUCUUUGCGUUAGUCUUCUUUCAUGCGGUUGUGCAAGAGCGACGUGAAUUCGGACCAUUGGGUUGGAACAUACCGUAUGAAUUUAGUGAAGCGGAUUUAAAAAUUUCAUUGCUACAGUUGAAAAUGUUUAUAAGCCAAAGUCAUACAAUACCUUUUCGUGGUCAUGUAUAUCUUACUGGCGAAUGUAACUACGGUGGCCGCGUUACAGAUGACAAAGAUCGUCGCUUAAUCUUAUCGUUAUUGAAUAUGCUCUACAACCCUAAUACCAUUGAGGUUGAGAAUUAUGCCUUAUCGCAAUCGGGCGAGUAUAGAGUGCCACAGAACCCUACACGGACCAAUGCUUUGGAAUAUAUAGCCGAGUUUCCAUUAAGUCCACAUCCGGAAGUGUAUGGCUUACAUGAGAACGCUGACAUCAAUCGCAAUAACAAAGAAACCAACAGCCUAAUCCAAGGAGUUUUAAAAACGCAAACAGAGUUAAUGGCUUCCGCCAAAGCUUCGGGUGCUGCCGAGGGAGUCAAAGUAGAUCCAGUCUUUCAGAUAUGCAAGGAUAUUUUGGCUCGGAUGCCGGAAGUUUUUGACUUGGCUGAAGUGUCGCAAAAGUAUCCAGUUAUAUAUACAAAUUCAAUGAACACGGUUUUAAGGCAGGAAUUAAUUAGAUUUAAUCGGCUUCUGGAUUAUAUACGCAAGAGUUUAGUUAACGUAAUGAAGGCCAUACAAGGUCAAAUCGCCAUGAUUCCAGAAUUAGAAAGAACGCACAAAUCGAUGGUUGUUGGCAAACUACCAGCCGAUUGGCUAAAGAAAAGCUAUCCAUCUUUAAAACCUUUGGGAAGUUAUGUGAACGAUUUCCUCGCACGAUUGGAUUUCUUUCAAAAUUGGAUAAAUAAUGGCGAACCGAAUGUUUAUUGGAUGUCUGGCUUCUACUUUACACAGUCAUUUAUGACGGGAGUGUUACAAAAUUAUUCGCGACGAAAUCGCUUUCAAAUCGAUAUGAUUAAAAUCGAUUUUGAGAUAACUAAAUUCGAAGUGGAAACCGACCAUCCAGCUAAGUUGGGCGCCUACAUAAGAGGUCUUUUUUUGGAAGGUUGCCGCUGGAAUCGUAGUGUACAAUGUAUUGACGAAUCAUAUCAGAAAAUAUUAUUCGAUACCAUACCAGUUACUUUGCUAAUACCAGCUUUAAUAACAUUGGAUGGACCGAAAGUCUUGACUACCAAAGAUGGUCGCAAUAUCUACGAGUGCCCCGUUUACAAAACAAGCGAGCGUCGCGGCAUUCUCUCCACGACAGGACAUUCAACCAAUUUUGUCAUGUACAUGGACAUACCUUGCACGAAAACUCAAAUGCAUUGGAUUAAUCGUGGCGCCGCUUCCCUAUGCCAAUUGGAUGAUUAAUUU